AUCAACCGUAUGAAGACAGCAUGGAACUCGGUUAUCCUGCACAUGAAAGCGUUGAUGAUGAGUACGAGCGUGUGUGCUACGGCGCCGGCCUGGUUCGAUUACAUGAGCAGCUCGCGCCCCUCCGUUUCGGAGACGAGAAGGUGAGGGAGGAAACCGAGGAUGCUUCUUUGGCAGUCUGGCGUGAUAGGUACGAAAAGGAGCUGUUCUUUUCAUCAAAGGCGUGGAUCCAAAGGACGCGAAUUACGCUGGACCCAGACCGCAAGGAGCCAAAUAUACCAGGAUCAUCAUCGUCUUUUUCUAAUGCGGCAGUCGGGCAUAGCAUCAACAAUUAUAGCAUCAUUGGUGUAGAAGUAGAUGAUAAUUUGCAAGUGCCGACGGAGAAAGUCGUUACAUGUCGAGUACUAGGAUGCGACGACUUAUUCGAACCUGGCGUGACGUUCGAAGAUUGCGUUCCUCGUGAGCUAGAAGUUCCUCCGCGACUGCUUUUCCACCAAGCAUCACAGUCUUCGCAAAUAGUACAGUCUCCG